AAUGUGAAGAAGGCAGCUUUAGUGAAAACUGGCAUUGGAGUUGCACCUUUUUGGGUUCAAAUGCGACUUCCUGCCCCCAAGGACGAGCUGUGCGACGCUGAACCAGCCUCCCCGGCGCUCUGUCACUCACUCUCCGAGUCUGAGAAAUGGGCAGAUACCUACGCCUCUCUACGUUUGACGAGGAGCGAAUGCGGGCACACAGGAAGGCCCGACCGGCGCCCCUCCCACCCGGGCGCGCGCCGGCCAGUGGCCCCGGGACCGGACGACCGAGGGCCUUCCGGGGAUCGGGCCGGGCGGAAGGAGGGGCCGCGGCGUGGACCGCGCCGCCCGACAAUGGCGCCUGCGGCCGGGCGCGGGGCGCCGGGUCUGUGGCGCGCCUGCAACUGGCUCAUGGGCGCCUUCUUCGCGCUGGCGGCCUUCGUGCAGGUAAAUGAUCCAGAUGCAGAAGUGUGGAUGGUUGUAUAUACAGUUCCUGCCGGUCUGACCCUGCUUGUUGGACUUAACCCUCUUGUCACAGGUAACUUUAUUUGGAAGAGUGUCUCUGCAAUACACAUAUUCUUCUGUAUCGUGUGGGCUGUUGGCUUGGCGUACAACCUCUUGCUUCAUACAAAACAGAACAUCUUGCAUGAGGAAGAAGGCAGGGAGCUCUUUGGUCUGGUGAUUAUCACAGCAUGGCUGAGCCUGUGCCACAGCUCAUCAAAGAAUCCAGUUGGUGGAAGAAUUCAGUUGGCUAUUGCUAUCAUAGUUGCUCUUUUCCCAUUUAUCUCAUGGGUCUAUGUAUAUAUAAACAAGGAGAUGCGGUCCUCCUGGCCAACUCACUGCAAGACAGUAAUUUAAAUGAAGAAUCCUGUUCUUAAAAUGAGAGUUUACAAUUUUUUGUAAACAUGAUUGUAACAUGCCAGUUUCCUAGGAAUUUAUUUCAGGUAAUUUGAGUUAAUACUAGAGAUGAUUUUUUUUAAAAAUCCUAAGUUAGGCUGCCUACAACACAGGACUGGAAGGGACUAGUAAGAGGAGUCUGACAUUCUGUUGUGUCACAGUGUAGUGGAAAAGGCAAAACACAAAAGUUCAGAAAUAUGAAUUCUAACUCAGCUACGUCACUAUCCAUGUGACUUGGGCAAAUGUGUAAACCUCCCAUGGAUAAUUCUUUAUCUAUAAAAUAGGGUUACUACCAGACCUCCUACUUAUUUAUAUAGUUGCAAGGUUUAUAACCGAGAUAAUAUGAGAGCAUUCAAAAUAUAAAGAGCUGACAAAGGGCUGCACCUGAUAACAUAGAGGGAAGCAGUGUUUGGAUAAUGAUAGAAAGAGUUCAGGAGAGGGCUGUACCCCUGAACUAACCUCAGUAUACUGAACUGGUACAGUGCCGUGAAUUAAAUGAGGACUCCAGAUGAACCAAGUGAACAAGCAUGUCUUGGAAAGAAAGUUAGCUAGAAUAAAGGAAUGUGGGACCAAAAAGAAGGAGAGAGAGAAUAUUAAUUACAUUUUAAAUGAAAAAUAAGACCAAAAUCUAGACACAUAUUUUUAAUGUCAAAAGUAGCCCUGUAGAGAAGACCAUUUCAGAGCUGUACAGUCUGGUGGCCACUAGCUGCAUGUUGUAUUGAGCGCUUGAAAUGUACACUGAAGAAGUUUGAAUUUUUUCAUUUUUAUUUAAAAACAUCAAUUCAGUUAUGAGAAAACUUAUGUGUUUGGAACACUUGUUUUAAGUAUGUUUGGAACAACUUGGAUAUGUGAAUCUACUUCUUCAGCUGCAAAUUUUAUAUCUAAAUACGGACCAAGUAUUUCCAAUGAAAAUUUAGUGUCCAAAUGGAUGGAUUAUAAGUAUAAAAUAUACACUAGAUUUUACAGACUUAGUAUAAAAAAGAAUGUAGAAUAUUUUUAUAUUGAUUACAUGUUAAAAUAAUAUGUUAGAUGUA